AUGGCAGAGAGCAUGCCUGACCCCUUUGACUACCCUCUCAUGCAGGAGUUGUUUGUAGAGAUGGGUCGAUUCUAUACAGAGGGGAUGCAGGUAUCUUCUGAGCUAGCGAAUGUUUACCAGGAACGUAUCGCUCAAAACACCGACCUUUACAUCACCAUGUCAAAACUCACUAAUUGCGAGUUCUGUCCAACCUACGCUUCUUUACGGCGAGACCCAAAUCCGCAGGAACGACAUAAACUAGCUCAAGACCAUAAGGACCGUGACAACAGCUAUGAUGGAGAUCGUGGGAAAGCUUCUGACUGCUCUGUGGAGACCAAGAAAAAAGAAAGAGCUGGAGACUGUAUGUACGACUCUCCAUGCUCUUGUGAGCGGUUUUCCGAGCGCUCGGCACAUACGGAUGAGACUGAUGAGAAACUUGACCAAAGUCUCGCAUCCCAUAAUACAGCAACUAUUUCGGUGACUGACGAGGCUACCGCAAAACUACCCAAGAGCCUUCCUGAAAUUUAA